AUGGAUAAUCUUCACUUGAGUGUCAUAGCUGUGGUCCUUUACUUUAAUCUUCCCGGAUCAGUGGGAACCGAGUCACAGCGGAUUCUUCUGGAUACACAUCACCAUUCAGACUGCCGGUGGGAUGGGGAGUUCUUACUGAAUUGUUCUUUUACCGGAAUAUCUGCUAUUCCAGAAGAUAUAUCACAAACAGCAAUAACGGCUGAUUUUAGUUACAAUAACAUUAAAACUUUUCUGUGCACUGAUGGAAGAAGUGAAGAAUGGAUGCUAAACCACCUGAAUCUCAGUAACAACCUGAUUUCUGAACUCUCCUUAACUACUUUUAGAAAUUUACCCCUUUUAGAAACUCUAAACCUCGAUGGUAAUGCCAUCCACACCCUCACACUGGACAUACCUACGCCUGCACUUGGGUCUAAAAAGUAUGGAAAAGGCUGUCAUCUCCUGCCUGCGUUGAAAGUAUUGUCAGUUGAAAGAAAUAAUCUUAAUACAGUUCCAAGAGGACUAGGCCUGCUGCAAUCUUUACAAACUGUCCAUUUGUCAUCCAAUGGCAUACGACAGAUUGAUCUGAAUGAUUUUCAAAACUGUUCACAGCUGAAGGACAUCGACUUGCAAAACAACAAGAUAACUAAAAUUCAUCCAGACGCCUUCAGGGAUCUCAACAAAUUACAGGUCGUGGAUCUCCGUCAAAAUGCUCUGACAACCCCUUUACCACAGAUAUUAAUGAGUUUGAACUUCUUUCAACUUGAAGUGGGUUUGUCAAAUAACGCCUGGAUAUUUAACUGCAGACUAAAUGCUUUCAAACAUUUAUUUCAUUUUCUUUUUGACUCCACAAGGAAAAAAUGGAGUAUUUCAUACAAUAAAUCUGCCAGCGACUCACAGAAACCUCUGCUGUAUCUUUCAAGUUUCCAUUUAAACUGCAGCGACAGUGUUUUGCUCAAGAGGGCUGUAAUCCCAACAGGGAAGACAUCGGUGCUAAACUGUGACCUGGACAACACAAGGGGUAAUGGAGUCUCUUGGUGGACACCUAAAGGCAGAAUUUCAGAAGAUAAUAGCCUUCCUCAUAUGACACUGGAUAAAAUGAAUAAUUUAGUGAUAUACAAUGCUGAGAAAACUGCUGAAGGGUUAUAUCUGUGUAUUUUUAAUACACCAAAGGAGAAAUAUCUCAUCUACGAUAUACAGGUGAAAGAAAAGGUUUCAACAUUUUUGGUUAGAAAAGCCCGGGACACUAACACUGUUUUUAGACAAGGAAGAACAGAGCAGGACCUUGCAUUGGCUGUCUGCCUCUCGGUGUUCAUUACGUUUGUUUGUGCUUUUUGUCUGGGUGCUUUUGCUAGACCCUACCUUGUGAGCCUGUGGAGACUCAUGCGCAGGAACAAAAAUUCAGGUUCAGAACAUACUUAUUCUAAUCAAGCUUUUUCAGAUGAAACCUUGAGCAGAGAGUGCUCUGCAAGCAAACCAACAAAUACGCAGUGUAAUUUGUUCAUUUUUGAUGAGAAUUCUUCAAGAAACACACACGUUUUUCCUACAGAAACUACUUCUUUGCAUGAAAAUGUCAUUGGUAGCAGUGUACAUGCACCAAAUACCGAAGAAGAGUACCAGAAACAAAGCAACGAUGAGAUCAACGUGAAGAAAAAAACAGUGUUUUCAGACAUCAAAACUAGUAUCAGCAAUGAUGAAAAUAUAAAUGUUGAUGAUAACGGACAAUUUUCUGUAAGGAUAGAUUACAAGAACAGCAAUGAAGUAACGCCAAGAAAAUUAAUGAGUAAUAACAUUUCAUUAUGGAAAGAUUCAAAAUAUGCAAAUAAUGAAGACUCAGAGAAGAGAAGGUUCCCUCCCAUGCCCAGGAGAUUGAAUGCUGACUCUUAUUCAAAUCACACUGACUCUUCAGAUUCGGAUUCAUCCUUCACGGGAGAAACUGGCUUUCCAUUUUCCACAAUACAAACACCUACAGUUGCACGAGAUUCUAGGAACAGCAAGGUAAGCAACAACUCUGGUCUGCUGCAGUCUGAAAUCACAAAGGCUACACCAGAUUCUCCUGAAAGAAAAGGUAUCGUUUCACACAAUGAACCCAUGAGCACUACAAAAUUUAUGCCUGGAAGGCAAAGCUGUGAUGAACAACUUGGUUUAAACGGCAACAUGAAUAUAACCAGUGAUGUGGGAGAUUUUAUUUUACCCAGUAGCUGCAAGAGAGAUACAAAUAUUGAGAAUUUAAGUGUCUGCCAAACAAUAGAAAACUCUCCUCUUACAGAGUAUGACUAUAAAACGGAAUGUACAAAUGAAAAAGAUGCUUCAGCAGAUAUAUUUGGCGAUAGUUCUUCAGAUGAAGGGACUCCAUUCACAAUGAGUGACUGUAGUUCUUUAGCAGACUUUGAACUGGAACAACCUGAUGUUAGUGACAACCUGCCAGUCUGUCAGUCAUCACUAGAGGAAGCCGAUACGAACAGUGGAACUGAGAAGUUCUCAACACUGCCAGAGUCUCCAAACAUUGCUGCUGAACUUCGGCACAUUGGGAAAAAGGAAGACAAGAACAAUGAGUAUUUUGAAACCACUAUUAAUUAUGGAUCAGAUACCAUCGUGCCUGAAACAGCAUCACCUUACGCUGAUAAGUGUAGUGACCAUGUAAACAUGUCAGAUUCAGACCCAAUUAGUUCUUCAAGUCAAGAAGUUCCCGAGACGCUUGAUUAUUUUACUAAUGCAGAGUCAACAGUACAAGACUCUAUUUCUGAUUCUCUCCACAACCAAAGUACAGAUUUUGGUAAUAUGUUACUUUCAUUACAACAUUCUCUCACGUAUGACACAGAUACAGAGAACACUCCUGAAGAGGCUGAAUUGCAGCUGUAUCAGUUUCCCAUUGAAUCACAGCAUUCCCCCAGCUUCAGUCCCACUGAACAAGAAGAAAAUGCACCAGAGGGAAGUACAGACGAGCACAUAGAUAGGAACUCCUUUGAAAAGAAUCAUCAUGAAGGGGAUAUUACAUUAAGAAGAAACACGAGUACAUCUGAGGACAACGAUUUUAUUUUUGCUCCCAUUGAUAUUGGUUUGAAUGAAAUUGUUCAAACAUCAUCACUACUGCAUUCCAGCAACAAAUCAUCUCUUCAAUCUCUGCCUGAACACACAGCUGAAAAACAUUUUACGGUUAUUACAGAGAACGAAGACUUGCUACCACAGGGGAAGCAGGUGAACACAACUAAGGCUUGUGCAGAUAAAAUGCAAAGAGGUUUUAAUGAGAAAGACUGUGAUAGAUAUACAGAAUCACAGGAUACCAGCAACCAUAGUCUGCCCGAAGAAACGCAGUCUUGCAAUCUUACAGCAGAUUUGCUGCAUCUUCACUCUUCUGGGAAAACACAAUCAGUCUUCAACACAGAAAAUCAUUUCCAGCUGGGUCAGAGUGACGAGGAUGCAUAUUCCUUCUCAGUCCCACAAGGCUUCUCCAGCGAAAGCACACAGUACAGUCCAUGUUCAUUCCCACAAAAGACUACAGGAAAUACAAUCUCCGAAAGCACUGAUUCCAGCAAGACGGAGGAUGACACUACUUUGACAGGACUGGAGAACAAUUCUACAACAGCUGUCAACCUCCAAAAUUCGAGUGAAAAACGUCAAAAAAGUCGCACCAAUUUAGGACAGGGCCAGUUUUUUGUUAAGAAGAAAAGAGCAUUUGAUGGAUUUGCUAAUGUUUUGCAAAGCAGGAGAACAAACUUCAAUAGUUGAGACACAGAAGUGUAAUACUAAUCUCCCACAGUGUUUAUGUCAUAUAGUAAGUGCAAAAAUGAGUCUUAAAAUGAAGUGUGUAACUUUUAGUAACUGUUAAAUGCCAUGGGUUGUUUUUGUUUGGGUUUUUUUCCCCUCCUCAGUGCAACUAUCUAUCUGCCUUCAACUUCAGAAACC